AUGAACCACAGCACACCCCUAGAUAUGUCCACGUCGAAUGCCAAGAAAAAGCCGCGCAACCAAGUCACGGACCCAUCCGAUGCGAAACCUGGACCGCGAAAGACUGCGACCAAAAAGACAACCGGGUCUUCACCCUCACGGGCAAUCGAGGGUGACACGCAGCAGCAGCAGCAACAACGGGAUUUCAAGUUUGUCGUGGAAGGUCAGGACAAGGCAAAAACAACAAAGCCAGUGGCGUUCGAGGUCCUACCACCAUUUCAGGUCAAAUCGCCAGCCCAGGCCCAAUCCCCGUCUCAGGACACGCUAGGGGACGAGUCUAUGGAUCAGGAUGCACCAGAGUCUAGCCCCACUCCAGACUUUGAGCGGAACGCGGACGGAAAUGGCAUGAUCCUCUUUAUCCCUCAGGAAUCCUCUUCGUCAAAUUCUUCACCUCAAUCCCAGUCCCAAGGAGCAUCAGCCACUACGACUCCCUCUGGAAACACGCCCGAUGACCCCUUUCCCAAUUCACCAUUACAGACACCUGUUCCCUCUGGAUACGAAUCGACUCUGGUGCCAGUCUCGGCGGCAGGAAUUUCUUUGGAGAGCAACAAUUCGACCCCGCAGCCCAGUACGCCUGUGAACAUGAACGGGUCGAGGAAGAACUCUGCUGAAACAGCUGUCGAGGACAAAGACAAGGACAAGGACAGGGCGCGGUCUAAAGAGAAGGGGGCAGCCGCUGUUGCUCGGACCCCUACGUCUGCUCCCCAACAGACGAUUCCCCCUUCCAAACGGCCAAUGGUCGAACAACAGCGGUCGCAUACCGCCUCUCCCACGCCUCACGCUACUGCUUCUGGAAACAACAAUGGCUCGACGAAUGGAGCUCCACGACCUGCGUCUUCCACAGGCUACCACUCGGACGAAUCUUCGCGGAGCAUGGUUGGUGGCGGUGGAUAUGACGGAGUUCGCGAGGUUCGCCAGGAGAAUGAACAAAAGCCUGAUGAUCUGAAUGAUGAGGAGGAGACAGACGAGAUGCGUCAAAGGCGGGAGGCAGCAUUGACGAUGGCUAGUUUCAAGGAGGUGGUCCGAGUAGAACAACCCCAGCAACCCCAGCAACCAUCAGGACAGCACGCACCCACUCCUCCUCCUCCACCUCCUCCAGCAGGAUAUUACACUCAAACUCAUCAGCCGCAAGGAGGUCACUCCUAUCCCAGUAACGACGCUAGGAACUCUUCUCCUAUGUACCCACCAGGACCUUCCCCUUUCCACAACAACAGCCAUCCACCGUCGCACCAUAUGUCUCCUGCUGGACAGCCCCACCAUCACCACGUCGCGUAUCCUCCUCCUCAGCAACAGCAACAGCAGCAGCAACAGCAACAACAGCAGUUCUCAAACAACAAUGGCGAUAAGUACUGGGGUGACGGUAACAGCAACAACAACAACACCAACAACACCAACAAUAACAACAACAGUAACAACAACAACAACAACGACCACGGACUGUUAACCAGAGGCACGAUAUCUGGACCUUUUGAAUAUUCGAAUCCGAGCUAUUCGAUGCAUCAUGCCCGGCGGUUGAACUCAACGGUGGUGCGGGAUGGUCCACCACCACCGCAACAGCCGGGAGACAAGCACAACAAUAACGGUCCACAUAGUCAAAAGGAGAUGUAUUUGAGUGAUAGUAUUGCUGGCCCGAUGAAGGUGUCUACUUUUGGUACCAGCAUUCACUAUCCUCACCAGCGUCCUCAACAAUCCUCACAGCAGCAGCAGCAACAACAGCAGCAGCAGCAGCAUGGGGGCCCACCCCAGCCUACGACUUAUAAUCGUCCUGUUUAG